ACCCGGGAAUGGUAUUGUCGUCGCCUGUUGUAUUUACAUGUGAUGGUUGUAAUAAGUUCAUUGAAAUAGUCGAAAUAUAUAAAACCUGUUUGACUAGCAACUGGCUUUUACAGCUAGAAAAAUAACUCACAACUUGGCUGCUUUUUCUAAUGCUUCUAUCUCUAUUUGAUCUUUAGACACAGUAUAAAUAUCCACAUAGAGCAGUGUAGCAUCCACCAACAACAAAUCCACGAGCUCUAUACAAACACACUUGAAACUUUUAGGGUCUAGCAGAUUAGAUUUUGCAUUGUCUGCGGAGAGGAGAAGAAGGAUGUUGAACACUGCCGGUCAGGUCAUACGUUGCAAAGCUGCUGUGGCAUGGGAAGCAGGUAAGCCACUAGUGAUUGAAACAGUGGAGGUGGCUCCUCCACAGAAAAUGGAGGUUCGUCUCAAGAUCUUAUAUACCUCCCUCUGCCACACUGAUGUCUUCUUCUGGGAAGCUAAGGGCCAGAACCCCAUGUUUCCUCGAAUCCUAGGGCACGAGGCAGGAGGGAUUGUGGAGAGUAUAGGAGAGGGCGUGACGGAUGUUGAGCCAGGUGAUCAUGUCCUCCCGGUGUUUACCGGGGAAUGCAAAGAAUGCGUUCACUGCAAAUCCGAAGAGAGCAACAUGUGCAAUCUCCUUAGGAUUAACACAGACAGGGGAGUGAUGAUUCAUGAUGAAAAAUCGCGAUUCUCAAUCAAUGGCAAACCAAUUUUCCAUUUCGUUGGAACAUCUACCUUCAGCGAAUACACUGUGGUCCAUGUUGGUUGCGUCGCCAAGAUCAACCCCCUUGCCCCUCUCGACAAAGUUUGUGUCCUUAGUUGUGGAAUCUCCACAGGACUUGGAGCCACUUUGAAUGUAGCCAAACCACCAAAAGGCUCAACUGUGGCAGUCUUCGGAUUAGGAGCUGUAGGCCUUGCAGCUGCAGAAGGAGCCAGAAUUGCUGGGGCUUCAAGGAUUAUUGGUGUUGAUCUGAACUCCAACAGAUUUGAGCUAGCUAAAAAGUUUGGUGUUACAGAGUUUGUGAACCCAAAAGAACAUAACAAGCCAGUUCAAGAGGUUAUUGCUGAGAUGACAGAUGGAGGAGUGGACAGAAGUAUUGAAUGUACUGGGCAUAUUGAUGCAAUGAUUUCAGCAUUUGAAUCUGUCCAUGAUGGCUGGGGUGUGGCUGUUCUUGUGGGUGUUCCAACUAAAGAUGCUGUCUUUAAGACCCACCCCAUCAACUUACUGAAUGAGAGGACGCUCAAGGGUACCUUCUUUGGAAACUACAAACCCCGCUCAGACCUUCCUUCCAUCGUCGAAAAGUACAUGAACAAGGAACUUGAAUUGGAGAAGUUCAUCACCCACGAAGUCCCAUUCACAGAGAUCAACAAGGCCUUUGACUACAUGCUGAAAGGGGACGGCCUUCGAUGCAUCAUUCGCAUGGAUGGAUGAAGAGCAAUAAACCUCUAAUUUCAGUGUUCAGUUGGUUUGUUUGUUCAACUGAUAAUAAAAAAUGUUCUGUUUGUUUGCUAAAUGCCUGAAGCUACUCAUUUUGUAAAGUUUUUGUUGUUGUCUUGUCAUACUUCAAGUUUUAAUCUUGUUUCAAUCCAAUUAUUUUCAUCUAA